AUGGCCACUCUCAACACCAAGCUGUCUACGCCAGAGAGCCGAACCAAGAAGCAGGGGGAGGACUCGAGCCCUCUGAAAGGGCCGGGCGAGGGCCCUGGCAGCCAGCUCAGGGCAGCCUGUAAGGGGCUGUUACCUCGAGACCUCGGUAACGCCAAUCGCCCCUACUUUCGACUUCCCAACCACAUCCGGUUUAAGAUUAUGGAGCACACCCUGGCAAGCCAGAAUCCCCACCACAAACCCAUCCGCAUGAAUCACCCCCGUUUCCUCUGCGAGGCAUGGCCUGUUAACCGACCACCGGGUGCCAAGAUAUGGUCAGAGGACUACUUCGACAGCCUCCAGAGUGUUCUCUCCUCCCUCCGAAACUACACCUCCGUCUGUCCCGCCAUGCGAGCUGAUGUCUUGGCUACACUGUUCCUCACACGCCGCUUCCACGUUGUUUACUCACCCUAUGUGACCAGGGAGUUAGAGAUGGCUGCGACAUAUUACAUGGACCGCUACGGCCCGCUGAUGGCAUCCAUCACCCUUGAGGUGGACUUCACGAAACUCGGCGGCGGAUCAGAACCCGAGGCGGUGAACUCGAAGCUAGAUUCAAGCUUCCAGAGAGUCAAACAACUCGUGGAAAGAUUUGUUUGGUCCCAGUUAACCCACCGCAGAACCGCCAUCCGAGACCUCCGUGUUCUCGUCAGGCGAUACCACGGACACCGCCCGCAACCACCCACCUCUCCAAAGACGACCAAGCACCGGGUUACAGAGAAGAAAACGGGCAAGCCACCAACCACCACCACCACUCUCACCGAACCAUUCCCACCCAUGCCUUCCACCGCAGACGCUCUCGUAUCAAACACCCUCGCCCCCCUCAAAUCCCUCGGCCCGCUAGUCCAAACCCUC